AUGGCUCCAGGCUCUCGGGCCACCCGGCUCCCGGUCUUUGUCCUGCUCUGCCUGCUCUGGCCUCCGGUCGGCGCCUUCCCGGCCAUGCCUCUGGCCAACCUGUUCAGUAAUGCAGUGCUCCGAGCCCAGCACCUGCACCAGCUGGCUGCUGACACCUACAAGGAAUUCGAGCGGGCCUACAUCCCAGAGGGACAGCGCUACUCCACCCAGAAUGCCCAGGCCGCCUUCUGCUUCUCGGAGACUAUCCCAGCCCCAACGGGCAAGGAAGAGGCCCAGCAGAGAUCGGACAUGGAGCUGCUGCGCUUCUCUCUGCUCCUCAUCCAGUCGUGGCUGGCACCCGUCCAGUUCCUCAGCAGGGUCUUCACCAACAGCCUGGUGUUCGGCACCUCUGACCGGGUCUACGAGAAACUGAAAGAUCUGGAGGAGGGCAUCCAGGCACUGAUGCGGGAGCUGGAGGAUGGCAGCCCCCGGGCCGGGCAGGUCCUUAAGCAGACCUAUGACAAGUUUGACACCAACUUCCGUAGCAGCGACUCGCUGCUCAAGAACUACGGGCUGCUCUCCUGCUUCCGAAAGGAUCUGCACAAGACCGAGACCUACCUGCGGGUCAUGAAGUGUCGCCGCUUUGCAGAAAGCAGCUGUGCCUUCUAG